UCAAACGCAAUACAAGUAUCGUCACUAUAAAAGAGGCUCGCAUAGUACCUUGCUGUAGCUGCCGGCGAUAGUGACAUGAAUUGAACGCUGUUGUCAUCAAGAUGAGAACGUUUGUCUGCCUUAUGCUGAUCGUUACAUGCUGCACACUUGCUGAAGGUGCAUGCCCAGUUGGUUUUCAUUACUAUGGCAACUCGUGCUACUGGUUUUCACAUAUAAAGGGAGAUUUUGCUGAAGCCGGGUCGAUCUGCCGGUUCUUGGGCAGCCACCUGGUCGUCAUCACAGGUGCUAGCGAGGAUGCCUUUAUCAGAGGUUAUGCAAUACGAACAGGCAAGGGUAAGUUUACCAUACCAGACGCAGAUCAACGAUUUAUCAUCUUUAAUAUGCAGCUAUACUUCCAUAUGGAUUGGGGUUUUGUGAGAGACUUCUCUUAACCGGGAUGUACACUUACAUGACAGAGACAGGAAUUCAUUUUGAGGGUUUCCAUUGGCGUUGGGAUCCAUUUCGUU